GUAAGAAUUUCUUAGAGAAUAAAUUAAUUUAAGAUUUAUUGAGGAUCUUGCUGGCUGAAAUUGAUACCCACUCAUCUCUAGUUCCAUGAGUCCAAUCCCUCAUGUUAUCUAAAGCAGCAGAUUCUGCAGAGACUGUAGAAGAUAGUUUUCUGGCUUGAACAAUAGUAGCUCCUCUCUUUUGAACAGCUGGGGUGAAGACUUUUCCCAUUCAUUAUGGAUCAGAUAACUGGCUACUGCUCUAGCAGCUGCUGUAUUUUUGAUAUCUGGGAACAUAGUUGGAAAAUGAUUCAAUCAAGAAUUUUCUUGGUAUCAGUAAUGUUGUUUCCUUUUUAAAAAGCAAUCGAGCUGAAACUCUAAUAUGGUCAAGCCUAGUAAUAUCUUAAAAAAUUCUUAUUGGUAUCUGACGAAUAAUGAGGGAAGAUUAGACAGUUUGCUUUUGUUAGAUUUUCUACAACAAUAAUCUUAGAAUCUUUGCUAACAUUGUCGUUAAUAGCUUGCCAGAUACCAACAAAAAUUUGGCCAUUAUCCUUAAAUAGAUCACCUCUCCUUUUCUGGCUCUCUUGAAUUGGGGCCGACGAGCAAAGCAUAAUCAGUAUCUUUAGAGCGACAGAGUAAUUCUAAAUAUAGAAAACUUUAUAAAAGGAUGUGAAAUCCCAAUCAUGCAACUCCAUUUAAAACUCCUUUUAGACUAUCUUGCACAAUUCGAACAUCAAGGAUUUCAAUUUCACUCUCUAAUCAGGCUCCAAGAAAGCUCCAGAAGCGAUUCUGAAUACAAGAAAGUAGGAAAUCUGUCAUGCAUCUCCAGUUACAGUAACCCUCUUUAUACCAGAAGUAAAGGCUUUGUCUCUAAAUCGUUUAGCUCUUCCAAUUCCAAAUUUUAAUCAUGCCUGAUAUGAAUAAUU